ACUGAUGCAACCAGGUGGAUCUCAAUAGGGCGAAGAGCAGAGAUCCCUCUGUUGAUUGGGCAGACCGGUCAGCCAAUCAGUAUGCUGGAAAAUGGAGUCUGCAAGAGUUGUGCUGCUGGGGGCUCUGUCUGAGGAGGCUUAAUGUUGGCGCGUUGCUGGGCUGAGUUCGGGAGUCCUGCCGAGCCAGCCUGGCCGUCUGCGUGCCGGGAGCUGAGACUCUAUGGAGGCGACGGCACCUUGUGCACAGCCUGCUAAAGCCAUCAAGCCUAUAGACCAUAAAUCAGUUCACCAGAUCUGUUCAGGACAGGUUGUACUGAAUCUAGGCACUGCGGUGAAGGAGUUGGUGGAAAACAGUGUAGAUGCUGGAGCUACUAAUAUUGACCUAAAGCUUAAAGAGUAUGGAGCAGAUCUUAUCGAAGUUUCAGAUAAUGGUUGUGGAGUAGAAGAAGAAAACUUUGAGGGCUUGACUCUGAAAUAUUAUACUUCCAAGAUACAAGAUUUCUCUGAUCUAAUGCAUGUUGGAACAUUUGGAUUUCGAGGUGAAGCUCUGAGUUCACUGUGUGCGUUAAGUGAUGUUACCAUUUUUACUUGUCACAAAUAUGCAAAGGUUGGAACUCGUCUGGUAUUUGAUCACAAUGGAAAAAUUACUCAGAAAACUCCUUAUCCACGACAGCAGGGAACAACUGUUAGCGUGCAGCAAUUGUUUUAUACCCUGCCAGUGCGGCACAAGGAAUUUCAACGAAAUAUUAAAAAGGUGUAGUGAACUGGAAAUUCUGCUUUUAAAAAUGUGAUAACUUGCAAAUCUAAACUUUAUAAAAAAUAGAUACAUAUAAUUUAAAU